CCCCAGCGAGCGUAUCACGUUACUUGCAGCUAGUGAGCGUGCGCUGCUUCCGUUGCCCUGGAGUGGAAACAUGGCCGCGCGGUCCAUGUGGGCGGUCCGGUGGCGGGUGCAGCACCUUUUGGCCUCCGGUGCCGCGUCUGAAGGCAGGGGAAGUCCUCAUCCUUUCAGCACUGCCACCCAGAGCACUGCUGGGGAGGACUGCGGUUCUGAGGACCCUCCUGAUGAGCUGGGGCCCUCUCUUGCAGAAAGAGCCUUAAAGCUAAAAGCUGUGAGACUGGAAAAGGAAGUCCAGGAUUUAACAGUGAGAUACCAGAGAGCUGUAGCUGAUGGUGAAAACAUAAGAAGGCGAACCCAGAGAUGUGUAGAAGACGCCAAGAUAUUUGGAAUUCAGAGUUUCUGUAAGGACCUGGUGGAGGUGGCAGACAUUCUGGAGAAGACUACAGAGUGCAUUUCUGAAGAGACAGAGCUUGGAGACCAGAAGCUCACUCUGGAGAAGAUCUUCCGAGGCUUGUCACUUUUAGAAGCAAAGCUGAAAAACGUGUUUGCCAAACACGGCCUGGAGAAAAUGACCCCCAUUGGUGACAAAUAUGACCCUCAUGAGCACGAACUCAUCUGCCACGUGCCGGCUGGUGUGGGGGUGCAGCCCGGCACGGUGGCCUUGGUAAGGCAAGAUGGCUACAAGCUUCACGGCCGCACCAUUAGACUUGCCCGGGUGGAGGUGGCGGUGGAGUCCCAGAGAAGACUGUGAAUGGACGGUGAGGAGCUGGAUGUUCUUCAGAGCGUCGCCACCGUGUUCCUUUAUUUAUUAAUCUAGGUUUGUACUGUACAUGAGCUACUUCAUGUGGUCUGUUUUGGAUUUAGUCAUAUUGGCUUUAUUUCUAAGAUACUGUAUUGAUUUAUGGUGACCUCUUUGGUCUCAUCAGAAGUCUUGCCAUUGGGCAUUUGAACAAUGUGACAAGUGUUCCUGUGGCCUUUAUCAAAAUACGUUUAAGAAAAUUUAUUUUUAAAUUA